GUUCGAACCAACAUAUAUCGUGUGUGUAACCAACAUUUAUUUUGAAAAGCCAACCCUUAUUCUAAAAAAAAGAUCCAGGAAGUAGCGUAACAAACGAGAUGUGUGUGAAGUAUACGCUAUAUGGUGUGAACUGUGUCGUCUCAUGACGUUGACGGAAUACUCAAAUGCAAAUUACUUUAACAUAAGUGUUUAACAUAAAGGACAUGUACGAUACCGUCGCCUUUCAUGCUCAGCUAGCCUCCAUCAUUGAGGUUUUGGCAAAUGCAGCCGUUGCCGAAAUCUGCAAACUUGUAGAUGACGGCGAUGCUGCCUUACGUUUGGAAAUUUCCCAUAGUCAGAAAGAAAUCGAUAACCUGCGGAGGAAGCUGCUUUUGACAAAAUUCCAGAAUUCUCGACGAAGCACAGAAAGAGUUGGACCCCUGCGACGCACAGUUCACAGGCGCGUUGAUAGCAGUCAUAUUGUUCGGGGAAGAGGGAGCUUCGUAGGAAAGUCAACAGUGGAAAAUCGUCUUGACGACAGUGAUGGAGGCAACUUUAUGCAGGAUGUCACCAACUGGAGAGAAGCAGGACUCACAGGGACAGACCAGGAUGGGGGCAUGCAGGUCAGUUGACAUAGACACGACGGCAGAUAUGCAAGAGGCACCUCUUAUCAAAAUGGAGAACUUUCACACCAGCAGAACAGAAGAGAUUGUCCAACCAGUCAGUGAGAGCAGUGAGAAGAUCAUUGUGGCAGAACCAGGUUCUUCAUCCUAUACUGAACCCACAGGCCUUCUGGACCAGCAGGGCAACAGACACAGAGCUCCAGACACCUCACUCAAUAUAGACCCUGAAAACCAGACGUUCCAGCAUCCUGCGUCACAAUACAGCAGAGCAAGACAGGACCAUCAGGUUGCUGAGGGUGUGACCUGGGAAACUGAACAUCAACCCAUAGAAUACAGCCUGUCCCAAUGGACAGAGAACCAAGAGACUGACAACCCAACUGUGAAUGCUCCUCACAAUGCAGGGCCAGACUCCAAGAGGCUGUCUGGACAUCCAGAGAGGAGAGGGGUGCCUGGUAACUCUGGGGUCUGCAUGUCUGCUUUGGGCUCUCUGGACUGGGUGCCUGAUGUAGUGCUGGUGGACUCAGUUCCCAUUAAAGUGGAGGCAGAUAUGAGUUCAGAAUGGAGCAUAACUGGCCAAGAGUUGACAUCUGGAGACAUCUGUUCAGAUGGCAGACAGCUUGUGGACAACAGAGGAAGAGGGGGAAUGGAGUCUGGACAGACAAAGUCUUCCCAUGACACUCAAAACACAGAGCAAGCGACAACUGUAGGAUCAAGGUCCAAGAUGCCAGAUUUCAAUGGACUGUCCACCCGAAACAGCUUUUCAUCCCCAAGGGUUACUCUCCACCAGGUUCCCCAAAGAAGGAAGCCAGCCCCCUUCUCAAAUUUCAGAGGUUCCACUUCUUCAUUGAAAGUCAUAGAAAAGCAGCCACAACAGCUGAUGUCUCACUCCACCCAGAGGCAGCUCCGGUGCAGCCUCUGUGGAAAGCUCUUCCACCAGCAGGCGAACCUGCGGAGUCACAUGCGGGUCCAUACGGGGGAGAAACCAUACGGCUGCAGCCACUGCACCAAGCGCUUCUCCCACAGCCACCAGCUGAAGAUGCAUGAGAGAGUGCACACCGGAGAGAAACCGUUUCAAUGUGUCUACUGUGGGAAGUGCUUCACCCAGUCCGGCCACAUGAAGAAGCAUCUCCUUGUCCACACUGGUGGCAGGCCACAGGAUAUUGGGCUGCCCUGAGGGGAGUUUUUCUACACCACGUGACCAGACCAGGGAAAAACUGGUCUUCCCCCAUAGUUCCUCUUCCACCCGAGUUGUAAGGGGAAUGGCUCCACACUACUGGGGUUUUCAUAUGAACACUGGGUCCAUGUGUUUUUAACAGUUUGCAUAGAUACCACAUUGAAUGCUUCCCUCUGUGUGUAGUGGUUGUGUUUUCAGUUCAGCUGGCUUGAUACUUGGUCCACAGUGAACUGAUAAUGUAUAUUAUUAAAGGUGAAGAUUUUAAACAUAACAUUUUAGUCAGUUAGCAGACACUGUUAUCCAUAGCAACUUACAAGUGCAAUAAGUGUUAAGUACAUUGCUCAAGGCACACCAACAGAUUUUUCAGCUUGGUUGGCUUUUCGCAAUUCAAACCUGUGACUUUUCUGUUACUGACUCAAAGCUCUUAACUGCUAGGCUACCUACUCCUAGGCUACAUCCUUAUGAAUUUGUUACCAAUAGUAUUCAUAUCAAACAGCAGUUAAGAGUUCAGGAAGCACUGGACAGGUGCCUAGGCGAGCGAGGUCUGUUGGUGGUCGAGAGCUCGCUGCUCGUUUUUUUUUUACUUGGACGAACAGAGCCGGGGAGGAGGAGGAAGGCGCAGGGUUCCCAGAUGCCAGAACACUCCUGGGUCUGGAAAUGGACCUGGCGACCCAGCAGUUGCAAGAAGAGAGAGUGCUGACUGGAAUGAAUCCCCACAGUUAUCAUGGUCUGGGGAAACUUCAUCUCCUGGAGAAGUCAGAUUCUGAACCCCAGUCGUUACUGAAAGGAGGAGAAGCCAGUACAUUGUGGUUGCAGGUUACUGUGAAUGACGACAUUAACCAUUAUAUGCUCACCACAUGCUUGCUGCGCUACCUACACCCAUAUUACCAAUGUUGUUAUUAUUACACAUUUUUAUUUACAAUGUUGUAAUUUAUUGUAAAAACAAAAGGCAAUGUUUAGCUAUUACUCAGGACAAUAAGAAAUCCCAUUGGCUAUUUAGCCAUUCUUUAUCCAGAUAUUUAAAUAUUUCUACUGUUACAUUGGUCAGUGUUAGAAUGCAUUCUCAGUGUGGUGCUUCGGUUAGUUUUGAGACUACUAACCCUUAGCCUACUAUUCAAUUGAUUUACUUUAAAUUGAAGGAAUGUAUGUAUUCCCUUUAAAUUCAGGUUGUAUGCUGAUUCUGUAUUUUUCUACUUGAACCAAAUAGUAAAAUAAUCAUAUUUGGAGGACAAA